AUGACUUCGCCAGCAAAAGAUGCAACGGUGAUGACGCAUUCUGAGAGCGAUUCUCGGGAUGAUAGACAUAUGGAGCAAGAGGAUAGUUUGCAGAGUAAAACCAGCUCAGGCGUGCUCAACGUGGUUAUCUCUGGACUGGCUUUAUUCAGCGAUGGCUACAAUGCACAGAUUAUUGGUUAUAUGGAGCCUCUGUUCUCCGUCCUAUACAAGAGCACGAUGUCCGCAACCAUAAAGUCUCGACUGUCCAACUCCUUUCUUAUCGGGGAAAUAUUCGGCAUGGUUUUCUUCGGAGCAUUAAUUGAUCGACUGGGCCGACGGACGGGUGUUGUUGCAGCCACCUCGUUCUUGGUUUUAGGAAUUGCUUUGGCAGCAGCAGCACAUGGGACAUCUCAACUGGGCAUGUUUUGGAUGAUGAUAGUUGCUCGCGGCGUGGCUGGGUUUGGUGCAGGGGGAGAAUAUCCAGUUUGUGCUACAAGUGCAACGGAGGCAGCGGACGAGACAGCCAGCCUGCGGCGGAAAAGAGGGUUUUUGGUCGCAUCGACGACCAAUUUUGCCGUUGACCUUGGCUUUGUUUCUGCGGGAAUUGUCGCUCUAAUAGUCCUUGCUUGCUAUCAGCAAGACGUGCGGGGAGGAGUAUGGCGGGUAUGUUUUGGAAUUGGCUUCGUGCUUCCACUCGUCAUUUGCUUCUUUCGGAUCCGCAUGAUCAACUCGACGCAGUACCAGAAACACUCGAUCAAAUCACAAUAUCCGUACUGGCUUAUCCUGAAAAGAUAUUGGAAGCCGAUGCUAGGGACCUCUCUUGCCUGGUUUUGCUAUGACUUUGUCACCUAUCCGUUCGGGAUCUUUUCAUCGACGAUAAUCUCCCAGCUGAUGUCGGACAACUCGACGGUCCAAAACAUUGGGUAUGGAACGGUAAUAAAUUGCUUCAACCUCCCUGGUUGCCUUCUGGGUGGACUGCUCAUGGAUAAGAUCGGCCGCAAGCAAAACAUGACCCUUGGGUUUAUGCUCUGGGCUAUUUGGGGCUUUAUCCUGGGCGGCGCUUUGCACCCCAUCCAGAGCGUAUUCCCGCUGUUCGUCGUGAUGUACGGGAUUUUCAUGGCUCUGGGCGAGAUGGGCCCUGGCGUCUCGACAUUCCUCUGUGCCGCGGAGUCCUUCCCCACGCCCCUGCGAGGUCAUUUUCUGGGCCUGGCCGCCGCGGUAGGAAAGGCUGGCGCGUCCAUUGGGACCGAGGUUUUUACCCCGAUUCAAAACUCAUUCGACUCGACGGCGAAGGGCCAGCAGGCCGUGUUUUUGAUCGGUUCCGCAUUUACCGUGAUGGGCGGACUGAUCGCGUGGUUCUUAAUCCCAGAUAUGUCGCGGGAGCUGGAGACUGAGGAUGCUAGAUUCAAGGCCUACUUGGAGGAGAACGGAUGGUAUGUUGGCGACCACGGGGAAGCGAUGCAGGUGGACCAGAGAGGAUAUGAGAAUUAA